AAAUAUUCUUUCAUCACGGAUACUAAAGCACAGUCACUACUGUACACCCGUGUUUUAACUUGGUUAUAUUUAUAUUUAUGCAUUUUAUAUGUUAUAAAUUCCACAUCUCAAUUUUCACCCAAGUUCAAGCUCUGAUGAUGGAAGACUCGUCCUUCAACUCCACCCAUCAGCCAGUGAGUGCCAAUCAUUCCACAGUGGACCCUGGCUGUAAACCUGAGGAUACUGGUGUUUUCAUUCCCAUUUUCCUAAGUUUGGUCUAUUCAACGGGAUUCAUACUGAACUGUGUCAGCCUGUGGAUCUUUUGGUUUUGCAUCAAGAAGUGGAGCGCCGGGAUGAUCCUGCAGUUCAAUUUGGCUUUAGCCGACGCCGUUAUAACUCCUGCCGCACCGCUCAUGGUCGCCUACUUCUCACUGGCGCACUGGCCCUUUGGACAGUUUCUCUGCCAGCUGAAGGUCUUCCUAUUGAGCACCAACAUGUACGGGAGCAUCUACUUCUUGGCCCUUAUUAGCAUUCACCGCUACAUCGCUGUUGUGCAUUGCACCAAGAAAACCAUCUUUAAGGAAGCGAGGUUUGUGAAGCUGGCCUGCAUCGGUGUGUGGGUCCUUCUCUUUGUCCAAGGAUUCCCAUUCUUUUUUGUGCUCAAGACCACCGAGACGAACAACUCCAUCCAAUGCCUGAGCAUUCAUCAGGACGAGCUGUUGGUGUUGUACUUUGUGUGGAAUACAGCCAUUUUAUUCACCGGUUACAUCAUCCCAUUUGUUGCCGCCGUCGUUUGCUACACCUUACUCGCCUGUUUCAUCGCCAAUACUAAUCAACUUAAGAGCCAACACAUGAAGGUCAAGUCCAUGCAAAUGAUAGUGGUGUCCCUGGCAAUUUUUAUAGUCUGCUUCCUCCCUGUACACGUGUCUCGCACGGUCGGGAUCACAAUGAGGCUCUUUUAUCCUGAUCGGUGCCAGGAGGUGAGCAAAGUGGAACUGGUUUAUUACAGGUGCUUAGCGUUGUCGAGCAUAAAUUGCUGCCUCGACCCUUUAUUGUAUUUUUUUGCAUCGAAAAAAUUUCGUUCAUAUACGAGCAAAGUGGUGAGAUUCACAAGAUGAAGUGAGAGGGUUUUUUUUUUCUCCACUUCAUUGCUUUUGAAAAAGUAAUUGCCCUGAAAAAUGAACUCAUUCCCUUAUACAACGUGAUGGAUCUGCAGAGUCCUUCCAACAGUUUCUGCUUUCAAACCAGAUAUCAACAUCUGUAACACUUCAUCGCUUGUACUGCUAUCUGUGAUUAAAGUUUAGCAUUAUUGAAAGUUA